GCCCGGCGUAGUUGGGGUCGCGAGGUCGCAUUCCGCGCGCGGGAAUGCAACCCUGCCGGCCGCGGCUGAUAUCGGUGUGGUGUUGUGCGAUUGGGGAUCUAAAGAGGCCGAAAGGAAGAGAAUGGCAGCGCUGUCUGUCGGGGUAUCUAUAUUUUGUGCGCCGCUGCAAUUUGUUAAAAGGUGAUCAAAGAUGGCUCGCGGUCCUACCCUCCUGCCUUCAAGACCAAGUGGCCACUCGGACGUUAAAAUGCCCGCCGCGCCAACGUCUCACCUCAACCGCGCCGCCCUGGCCGCCGCCCUGGCCGUGGCGGUCGCGGACGCGACGCCGCCGAUGGGGUGGAACAGCUACAACACCUUUGGGUGCUCGCCGUCCGAGGAGCACAUCAAGACGAGCGCGCGCGGGCUCGUCGACCUGGGCUUCCGCGACCUAGGCUACAAGACUGUGACGGUCGACUGCGGCUGGAACGGCCGGGACCGCGACGCGCAGGGCCGCCUGCAGUGGAACGAGACGCGGUUCCCGUCGGGCGGGCGCGCGCUCGGCGACUUUGUGCACGGGCUCGGGCUCCGGUUCGGCCUGUACUCGGGCGCGGGCUACCUCCAGUGCGGCAGCACCGACCUGCCGGCCUCGCUGGGGUUCGAGGAGGUCGACGCCGCGUCCUUUGCCGAGUGGGGAGGGGACUCGCUCAAGUACGACAACUGCUACGCCACCUCCCGCACCGUCAUGGUCGACUCGGACUCGGCCGAGGCCAAGUCCCCCGCGCGCUUCCUCAAGAUGGGCCGCCUGCUCAAGGAGACGGGCCGCGACAUCGCCUACUGGCUCUGCCAGUGGGGCAUCGGCGAGAACGUGCCGGCGUGGGCCGCCGCCACGGGCCAGAGCUGGCGCAUGAGCAACGACAUCUACGAUAGCUGGCGCAGCAUCUGGCGCAUCGUCAACCAGGCCGUCCCGCACGCGCGCCACACCCGGCCCGGCGCCUACGCGGACCUGGACAUGCUCGUGGUCGGGCUGGGCGGCCUGACGCUCGAGGAGGAGCGCUUCCACUUUGGCAUGUGGUCCAUCAUGAAGUCGCCGCUGCACAUCGGCGCCGUCGUCGACCAAGGCCGGACGCGGCCCGCGUCGCUCGACAUCAUGCGCAACAGGGAAGUCAUCGCGCUGAACCAGGACCCGCUGUCGCGGGCGGCCCGCCUGGCGCUGCGCGACACCGAGGGCGAGUGGGACGUCUGGGUCGGCGACCUGUCGGGCGGGAGGAAGGUCGUGGGCGUCGCCAACUGGCGCAACGAGUCGCAGACGGUGCCGCUGGACCUGCCCUUUGUGGGCGUCGCGUCGGCCGCCGCCGCGCGCGACGUCUGGGCCGCCGCCGACCUGGGCGCCGUGGCCGGGACGCGCCAGGUGGCGCUCGCGGCGCACGAGCUGAAGCUGCUGGUGCUGGACGGCAUCGAGGGCGCGCCGGCGCCGUCUUCUAGGGAUGGUGGUGGCGGUGGUGGUGGUGGGCUGUACUACCACCCGGCGACCGCCGCGGCGCUGGGCGGGGGCGCGGUGCUGCGGUCGUGCGCGGGCAGCACGCACGGCUGCGCGCCCGUGGGCCACAAGGUCGGCGACGUGGGUGAGCGCGCGACGGUGCGGUUCGGCAACGUGAGCGUGGCGGCGGGCGGGGCCAAGUACGUCGGGGUCGACUUCAUCAACUACGACUACGCCUUCCAGACGGCCUGGGGCUGGGGCCACAACACGCGCAACAUGACGGUCAGCGUCAACGGCGGGCCGGCAAGGCGCUGGGCGUUUCCGCUCGGCGGUAAUGACUGGUUCGAGACGGGACGGCUCAACAUCCGACUCGACGGCUUCAGGGCUGGCGACAACGAGGUUGAGUUUGCUGGUGUCGCUGGGUCUGGGUUUGCCCCUGACCUUGUUGGGUUUGAGGUGUAUGAGUGAGGGUGGUCACGAAAACGUUCCGGUGUGUGUGUGUGUAUGUUUAUCUGCGUCCGAGGUCCAAGAUAUUUACACAUGUACAUCAUCUCUACUCGCAGUAGCGCCCUAUUUCAG